AUGAGAUUACCGUUGAUCAUGAUCAACUUCAACAAAAACCUAGUUGAUUGUACAAAAGAACCUCGUCGUCAUCCAAUAAUAAAACAGAUUUAUGAUUGGGAACGACAAUCAAUCAGCAUAAUUCGGCAAGUAGCGGAAGAUGCUCGAAAACUAGUGUUAAAUAAUCUAAAUAAACAUAAGAAUAAAAUAACAGAAAAUAUAGUUUCAAUUACACGACAAUUGAAUAAAGCUCGUCAGGACGAUAACUUUGAUGAAAUAGAUUUAAAGGAAUGGAUGCAAAAAUGUAACAAAUUAAAAAGUGAUUUAGCCCUAUCAGAUAUGAUUAAUAUUCGACAUGGCCAUGAUACAUUAAUUACUCGACUAAUAAUUAGCAUAAUUCCAGCAGAAGUAUUUGGGCAAGCUGCUGAUAAUAUUCAUAUGGAAGACAAUGGUCAAAUAAUUGUACAUGGUCAGCCUGAAGGCCACGGUACUGCACGUGGUAAAGGAGAGUAUUCAAUGGGAAAAAUUCGGUUUCGUUUUAAAAUUGAACACUUAUCAGAGAAAAAAUGGGUCUUUUUCGGAAUUGUAUCGAAAAACGCACCUGUGCAACGAAAUUCACGUAUGUGGUGGAGAAAAUGGUGUUUGUCUCAAUGCUACAAUAUAUAA